CCGCCCCGGCUCUCCAGCUGCCCUCUGUCAACCCGCCCCCUCCAGAGGUCUCCAGUUGCAAGAAGCCUGGCAGGGUCACCAACCAGCUGCAGUACCUCCACAAGGUGGUGAUGAAGGCCCUCUGGAAGCACCAGUUCGCCUGGCCCUUCCGCCAGCCAGUGGACGCUGUCAAGCUGGGUCUGCCGGACUACCACAAGAUCAUCAAGCAGCCAAUGGACAUGGGGACCAUCAAGAGGCGACUGGAGAACAGCUACUACUGGAGCUCGGCCGAGUGCAUGCAGGACUUCAACACCAUGUUCACCAACUGCUACAUUUAUAACAAGCCCACGGAUGACAUUGUGCUCAUGGCCCAGACGCUGGAGAAGAUCUUCCUGCAGAAGGUGGCCCAGAUGCCUCCGGAGGAGCAGGAGAUGGUCAUCACGGUGGCCAAGAACAGCCACAAGAAGGGGGCUUCCCGGGCAGCAGCACUCCAAGCGGCUGCCAGUGGGGCUGCCCAUCAGGUCCCCGCCGUCUCUUCCGUGUCUCACACGCAGCUGUUCCCCGCCAGCACGGACAUCCCCACCACAGUUGUCAACAUCCCCCACCCUUCUGUCAUCUCCGUGCCACUCCUGAAGCCCCUCCAUGUGACGGCCGCCUCCCAGCCAGUGCUCACAGUGCCUGCCCCCACCCAGCCUGUGGCCAAGAAGAAGGGGGUGAAGCGGAAAGCGGACACGACCACCCCCACCCCCAUCAUCGCCACCAGCGGGGGAGAGUCCUCGCCUUCGGCCACUGUGCUAGAGGUCAAGGCGGCCAAGAUCCCUGCCCGGCGGGAAAGCGGCCGCCCCAUCAAGCCCCCCCGCAAGGACCUCCCGGACUCCCAGCAACACCAGACCUCCAAGCGGGGCAAGCUCUCGGAGCAGCUCAAGUACUGCAACGGCAUCCUGAAGGAGCUGGUGUCCAAGAAGCACGCCGCCUACGCCUGGCCCUUCUACAAGCCCGUGGACGCCUCGGCCCUGGGCCUGCACGACUAUCACGAAAUCAUCAAGCACCCCAUGGACCUCAGCACCAUCAAGCGCAAGAUGGAGAACCGGGAGUACCGUGAUGCACAGGAGUUUGCGUCUGACGUGCGCCUCAUGUUCUCCAACUGCUACAAGUACAACCCCCCUGACCACGACGUGGUGGUAAUGGCUCGCAAGUUGCAGGAUGUCUUUGAGUUCAGCUAUGCCAAGAUGCCAGAUGAACCCCUAGACAUCAACCCCCCCUCCGCAUCACUCCCACAGCCGGGGCUCCUGAUGAAGUCCUCCACAGACGAGUCUUCCAGCGACGAAGACGACGAAGAGGAGGAGGAGGAGGGGGACGAAGACGACAGCAGCAGUGAGAGCUCUUCAGAUAGUGAGGAGAGCUCCGACUCGGAAGAGGAGCGUGCCAACCGGCUGGCGGAGCUCCAGGAGCAGCUGCGAGCCGUGCAUGAGCAGCUGGCAGCCCUCUCCCAGGGGCCCGUCUCCAAGCCCAAGAGGAAGCGGGACAAGAAAGAGAAGAAGAAGAAGAAAAAAACAGAGAAGCGCAAAGCCAAAGCGGGAGACGAGGAGGCGCGGGCUCACCAGGCCCAGCUCAAGAAGUCAAAGAAGGCGGGAGGCGGCGGCAGCAGCGGUGGCGGCGGCAGCAGCACCAAGAACUCCAAGAAGGCCGCCUCCAAGGCCCUUCCCCCGCCAGUCCCCGUGCUGUACGACUCAGAGGAGGAGGAGGAGAGCAAGCCCAUGACCUAUGACGAGAAGCGGCAGCUCAGCCUGGACAUCAACAAGCUGCCUGGGGAGAAGCUGGGCCGGGUGGUGCACAUCAUCCAGUCGCGAGAACCCUCCCUGCGGGACUCCAACCCCGAGGAGAUCGAGAUUGACUUUGAGACCCUCAAGCCCUCCACCUUGCGGGAGCUGGAGCGCUACGUCCUGUCCUGCCUGCGCAAGAAGCCCCGCAAGCCCUACAGCGAGACCCUGAAGAAGCCGGUGGGCAAGACGAAGGAAGAGCUGGCCCUGGAGAAGAAGCGGGAGCUGGAGAAGCGUCUGCAGGAUGUCAGUGGGCAGCUGAACUCUGCCAAGAAGCCCCCCAAGAAGGCUAACGAAAAGCCAGAUUUGGGGCAGCCGCCGCCGCAGGCCGUGUCGGUCUCCCGCCUGAGCGCCAGCAGCUCCAGCUCGGACUCCAGCAGCUCCAGCUCCUCCUCAUCCUCCUCGGACACGAGCGACUCGGACUCCAGCUAGGCGGCUACCCGGGGU